UGAAGGGCUCUAAAUAAGCAGUUGGCUGCCUGAUUUUUAAACGGCAUUACCUCUACAAUCUAUGUUUACAUCGGUAUUAAACAUUAGCACUUAUUGGUUAGAUUUGUAAGUUUCUUUUCUAGCCAGUUUUCAACGACGCUACCAAAAUGUCUUUGGUUAUUCCCGAGAAGUUUCAACACAUCCUUCGUAUUCUCAGUACGAAUAUCGAUGGAAAACGUAAAGUUAUGUUUGCCAUGACUGCCAUUAAAGGUAUUGGUAGACGUUUUUCUAACAUCGUGUUAAAGAAGGCCGAUGUGGAUUUAAACAAAAGGGCUGGUGAAUGUUCUGAAGAAGAGGUAGAAAAGAUUAUUACUAUUAUGCAAAAUCCUCGUCAAUACAAAAUUCCUGACUGGUUUUUGAACAGACAAAAAGAUAUUGUUGAUGGCAAAUACUCUCAACUCACAUCCAGUUCACUUGACAGCAAAUUGCGUGAAGAUUUAGAACGGUUGAAGAAAAUCAAGGCUCAUAGAGGUUUACGUCAUUAUUGGGGUUUGAGAGUACGUGGUCAACAUACCAAAACUACUGGACGCAGAGGUAGAACUGUUGGUGUAUCUAAGAAGAAAUAAGUUAAUAAAUUAAUUAUUUUUACUGAA